AAUUCCCACCCCUUUCCAGAAGAUGGCUGUAACGCUCAGGAAAGAGAAAGGGAUGUUUCCGUGUUUUCGUCACUGCUACGUCACAUGUUGGUGUCCCUCACGCGGCUCCGGGAUCAUGGCAGACGAAGAGGAGUCAGCAGCGGAGCCUGCCGCCCUCUCUCCCCCGGAGAGCCCUAACCCUGGGCGGCCUCACUCUGUAUCAUUCUCCGAGAGCGUACAGCCGGCGGUCGAGAUGGUGAGCCAGUUGCUAACCCAGCCGACGUCCCUCAAAUUUGAUAAAAACAUCAAACAGGCCUUUUACAACACGGGGGCAAUGAUUUUUGUGGCCAUUUGCUGCGGGGCGGCAGUUCUGGUCUACUUCAUCCUGGAGGCCUUCCUCCGCCCGCUGCUCUGGGCAGUGCUCUGCGGCACCUUCCUCCAUCCCUUCAAACACUCCCUGGCCAAACUAGGCCGCUCGUGGCUCAGUGGUCUGCAGGACAGCGGGACACCCAUCGUGGUGGGGACUCUCUUGGUCCCGGUGUGGUGUGUGAACUAUGGGGUGGAGACGAUGGGCCGGCGGGUGCUGGAGAGGCUCACGGUGUUGCUGGCAAUCGGAGCCGGGGUACCCCUGGUUUACUUCCUGUACUACUUCUGGAGCGUUAUCGGCAUGCAGGUGGUCAUCGGCUACGUGUGUGUGGUCAUCGACACUGCCCUGGACUGGUUCCACGCUGUAUGGGUGUGCACGGUGGUGUUUGGCUACCUGUCGGUGGUGUGUCUCAAGUGGAGUCCUCAGACUGAGCACUACCUGAGGGCUCUGGCUCUGCCUGUCUGGGCCAUCCUGCUCUUGUACAUAGUGUCUCUAACAGGCUCGUGGAGAGUGCCAAUAUUUGUGGUUGUGGUUUUUCUUUUUAUCAUGGGCUCCCAAGAGAAACCACCUGCUCCUGGCAGAGGGGAGCUCUCUGGGCAGGUGUUAUCCUUCGCUGCUAAUACCUUUUACAUGGCGAUCUCCUGUAGCAACCUUCAGCCAAAGACGGAGCCCAGGGAAAACUCCAACACAGAUGGUGUAGAUUCUGUGAUGCCAGAACCUGGAACUCCUCAGUUCAUGCGGGGCUCUCGCUCUUUACCAGGCGGCCUCUUCCAUAAAAAGAAAAGCUCCCACAGAGCCAGUGAUAUCUACUUCAUCCUUCUGGCCUGGGCUAUAGUCCUGGUUCAGGUGUGGCUCAACCUCUGGAUCCUGAAACUUCUGCCUAUCCCCGUGGCUGUGUGGGUGCUGAAGAAGCUGGUGGUUCACUUUGGCCUCAAAAGCUUUGCAGAGCGGACUCUCUCCUCGUGGUGGGCUGUGCUGGAGGCGUUCGGUCGCGAGCGGGAGGAGGCGCUGCUGCCUGGACCAAUCAAAGGUCUCGCUCAGUUCCUGCUUCGUAUCGACACCAAGCUCUGGCAUUGGCUUAACAAGCAGAUGAUCGUAGGCCUGGAGCGAUCUCUGGACAAAAUCAUUAGUAUCUUCAUCAUCUUCAUCCUGGUCACAGGGACUCUUCUGAUGGCACUGCUGCUCACAGCUAUGGUUCAUCAUGAAAGUGUUCAGAUCAUCGAGGUCACCAGUAAUCUCAUCAACGAGACUGUGUCUAACCAUCCAGAAUGGGCAAAUUGGCUCCCAGAGGCUCGUGUGAUCCAGAAGGCUAUGAAUUCAGCCGCCACAAAUGUUUAUGAACACGGCAGAGAAUGGAUAACCCUGAGGCUUCAUAAGAUGUUAGGAGACAAAGUAAACAACACGGCCAUUAUUGAAAAACAGGUUUUGGAGCUUUGGGACCGACUGUACCACUCCUGGUUUGUGAAGAAUGUCACCCAUUCUGGCCGCCACCGUGGUGGCCACAAGAUUCAGAGGCAGAACAGCUGGCUGGUGGACAUCUUGGACUGGAAGGACAUUGCCUCCUUUUUGCAGGACAAUAUUGAGACUCUGCUGUCUAUCCUGGAGUCCCUCUGGGUGGUGAUGAGCAGGAACGUCGGCCUCCUCAUCUCAACCACGACCACUCUGUUCACCGUCUUGUUCCACAGUGGCACGGCUCUGCUCAACUUUGCACUAAGUCUGGUGAUUUUCCUCACCACUCUCUUCUACCUGCUGAGCUCCAGUGGUGAAUAUUACAAACCAGUCAAGUGGGUGAUCAGUCUGACCCCUCUGUCUCAGCCUGGACCCUCCUCUAAUAUCAUAGGCCAGUCUGUUGAAGAGGCUACCAGAGGAGUCUUUGAUGCCUCUCUGAAGAUGGCCGCCUUCUACGGCCUCUACACUUGGCUCACUCACACCAUCUUUGGCAUCAACAUCGUCUUCAUUCCUUCUGCUUUAGCAGCUACACUGGGUGCCGUGCCGUUCCUGGGAACGUACUGGGCUGCGGUACCAGCCGUGUGUGACCUGUGGUUGGCGCAGGGCGAAGGUGUCAAGGCUGUGCUGCUGCUGAUCUGUCACCUGCUGCCCACAUAUUUUGUGGACACGGCCAUUUACUCUGACAUUUCUGGCGGUGGACACCCGUACCUAACUGGUCUAGCAGUGGCUGGUGGCGCGUACUAUCUGGGUCUGGAGGGCGCCAUCAUCGGGCCGAUCCUGCUCUGCAUCCUGGUGGUGGCAGCAAACAUCUACAGUGCCAUGUUGAUGAGCCCAAGCUCUUCAGCGACAACACCAGUGCAGCCCACCUGGCCUGUGCAUCCCCUCAGGACGUUCACAGACUGCACACCAUCUGUCCUGAAGACCAACACUGAGUGAGAACCAGAGGCUGUGUCCCUGAUGAGAGCUGCCUUUUGGCUGAGUCCUCAGUGGAAGUGCUCCCUGUGAUGAAGCUCUUCCUGAAGCCGCAGGAGUCGGCCCCGACCAAUCAGUGAUGACGGUGAAACGCCUGAUCACCCACGACGACGCCUGCUCCUCAGAACUGUUUCUGUCAGUUUGGCCUCAGUCUUCUCUCCCUGCUCCUAACACAGUGAACCCUGAUCCCAAACAAGGACCAAUGAUGACUUUGACAUCUAAAAAAAAUAGUGACGAUGACAACGCAGAUUACAUCAUGAAAUUUUAAUAACAUCCUUGAGUUGAUUCAUAAUGUUAACAAAUAUUUACUUGUUAAUAUUUUGGGAGGAUAGUGCCAAAUAUUCCUUCCUAAUGUUUCACUUCUGCCCUGCAAACAGUAGUUCAUGGUAAGACUUCAGUAUGUGCUUGUGUUUCAGUUGUACUCUACCUCUCUCUCUUUAAGUCAUAUUUUUAAUGUAGGCUGCCGUUUGACGCUUUUAAGCCGGGUACACACUACACAGUUUUGACGACUUUAACAGAUGAUAAAAUACUGGCUUUCAGCAGAUUGUUUCACUCUGACUUCAGCCAGCCUUAGAAUGGUACCACUGCUAACUCUAACAGCUCAAUCCGUCUCACCUAAAUUUUCCCCUCUAGCCGUUGGCCAUCAUGCUGAUAUUCCCACUUCUUCCUGUCAUCUUCUGACACUAUUUCAGUAGUGACACGUAACUGUGAAUCUUUAACGUUACAACUCCGCUCGGACAAAGACACCCACCCCCGCUGCCCUGGACCUUGGUGUGUCUGCAUUGUCUCAGUGGAUCAGAUUUAAUGACCAGCGUUUAUAGACUCUGGUCUGAUUCCAUGAUCGACUGAUGACGGAGAAAUUCCGGUUGUUUUGACAUGUUUUAUUUAUUUCACACUAGUAUUUUUCAUGUUCUGAGUGCACUUAGGUGACGUUAAAUCAGUGAUUCCCAACCAAAACUGCCCCAUAUCACUUAAUUAGUCUCAAAGCUAUCAAUUACUCACUGCAAAUAUUUGUCUUUGCAGGUCUACAGUAUGUGACAGUGAUGGGCAGAAAUUUAAAUAAUCAUCCACCAGGGGGCACCAGAUGGCCAUAAAAACUAAAAAAAAGGGCUCGGAGCCUUUGAAGAUCUGUGUUCCUUCAAUUCCUUCGAGUCUGUCAGUGUUGUUCAACUAAACAGACCCAGCUUUUGAAAUGAGUAAGUAAAUUGAAACUAGAAGGCUUUUAUAUAUCAUUACAGAUACUUUUUGUCACCUUUUGUUUGGUGAUGCACCACAGGUUUUUUCUAAUUUAAAAUAUGUUCUAUGGCUGCAACAGGUUUUGGGAACACUGAUUUAAAUAACUAAUGUGUCACUUUUAGCACACUCCUAUAAUUUAAACUUGAAAGUGACACUUAGCAAUAUGGUAUUUUUAUGAGCACAUAAAAGUUCUAUUCACCUCCUAUAUAAUUGCACUUUUCCACUUCAUACUUUAAAUGCAGUCAGUACUCUGAGUGAAAUACUUCACUUGAAGCUUUGAUAAAAGAGAACAUUAAUAUAAACAUAAUACAUCACACACGUGAACUGUGUGAACUCCCUGGAGGUAGGGAGGUGCUGACAUGGUCUAGGUUUGGAAAACAAAAACAUGUUUCAGCAACAGUUUCUUACUGGAGUUUUCAUUUGGUACAGUUGGCUUGUAUUGUUUUGAUUAGAUAAACUAAAUCACUAAAUAAAAUGUUAAAACA